AUGAAAUUCUUCGCUUGCUUCGUGCUUAUGGCGAUCCUGGGCGCCGCGACCGCCGGUUACAUCGGCUCGGGCUGGGGCUCCCCGUCCUACGGGUACGCGUCGCCCGCCGUCUACUCCAGCUGGGGCAACCCUGGCUACUCCGGAGGCUGGUCCGGCGCCGGCCUCUCCGGAUACGGCUGGUCGGGCGGUUGGGGCCACGGAAACAGGGGAUGGAACUCGGGCUGG